CUCGUUGGACAGAGGUGAACACGUUGAACUGGAGCUGGUCUCCGACGCUGACUGGGAUUUGCUGUGGGCUUGGACAGACCCUGCAGGCCGGGGUGCCGUGGCCUUCUUGUGGGAUUCUACCUGCUGAGUUCAUAUUUUUCUAAGACACCAUCCUUCCCUGCUGCUGGCAGCGCAGGUUUAACCAGGGCAGGACAUCCUGAAACAUUUAAACCAGAGGAAUCGGGAUUCACUCUGUGGACUCAGAGGUCAUCCUACUGGCCAACUGUGAGGCCAUGUACCAGGCAGCUGUCUCCAAGCGAGCAGACAACAUCCCCAGCGGGGUCAUGGAGGAGUCGGAGGUCUGUUCCCUGCCUGGGGGACUUGCAAGUGUGAGGAAACAAUUUGAGACCCAGGAAACUGCAACAUCACACAAUGUAACCCAGUUUCAUUUCCAUCACAGAGCUGUGCAGGAAAUGUCAAGCUCAGAGGUGACAGUGUCAAGCAGCAGCAGGCAGGUCAUCCCAGGCAGUCAGCAGCUAAAUUUCAACCAAGAAACAAUGGUGUCAUACAGCGACAACAACUUGGCAUCCAGCUAUGAAAACCAUCAAGAUGACACAGAAGAGGAGUUUCCCAGAUACACAACAAAAGAACUGAGGGAUCACUUUGAAAGAACAAUAGAAGAAGCUGCUCCACACAAACCAAUUAAGCCUGGACGUGACAUCAAUCGAGCUAAGUGGUCCUCAAAUGUGAGUCAAAGCAAUACAGUGAUUAGUGAGGUGUGUGAAGUGUCCGCUACUGAAGCAACACAAGACACAAUGGCCACAGUGAUGGAUUACGAGGACUUUCCACCCCCACCAGCGGAGGAUUCUGACUUUCUUCCACCCCCUCCUCCAGACUUACUACAAAUGCCGCCAGACAGUGACAAUAUUCCAGCAUGUGAUUACUCCCAUGAGCCUCCAGAACCAGCAAACCAGCCCAAAGGUCCACUCAGCAAAGAGGCUUACUUCAAGCAGAGGAACAUGUCCGAGCUGAAACGUCUUUACAAGCACAUUCAUCCUGAGGUUCGUAAGAAUAUUGAGAAGGAGUGCUUUAUUGAUUAUAGGGAAACUGACAACAACCACGUAGAGAGCCAGGAGUACAUGUAUGAGGAUGACGGUGGUGUUGCUGAUGACAUCAAUGAUGAAGAAUAUGGGGAAUGGGAGGAGAUUCUCCCCGGGGAGGUGCAAGCAAUGCGCUGGAGGUUUGAGAAUAAGCCGCUGGAUGCCAUCAAAGAUGAAACUCCUGAUGAGGAUGAAGACAAUAAGGCAAUAACUCAACAGGAAAUAAUUCUGGGAAAAGAUGUGAGGCGCACAGCGUGGAUGUUUGAGACCAAGCCCAUGGAUGAGCUGGGUUCACAAAACAUCAACUCAAUGGAAUAUAAAAACAAAUUUAAUAAAUUUGACAAGGGAGAUGUCCGUGCUGCAGCGUGGCUCUUUGAAACCCAAACUAUGGACACUCUUAACAAAAUGCAUAUGGAGGAAGACUUAACAAAAGAGGUUUCAUUUACAGAAGAGGAUGGGAAUGCUACCAUUUACAUGAUUGACAAUAAGUUCAUGGCAAGCCUUGGGCACACUGAAACCAUUGAUGAGAGCCACCUGCUGAGUCUACGAUCAGUGUUAGAGGAAAUUAAUGAAGAUGUCAAAACCGUAACAAGUACUUUUGACACUCAGUUCAAAUGCAUCAUCAUGGGACAAUCGAGUCAGAUGCUAGAGAUUAAGUCUGUGCGCAAAAUUGAAACUGAACUGGAGAACUCUAUCGCAUCACGUUGGCUUUUUGAUACUCAGCCUCUGGACAUGGCAAGCAGUGAACCUACUUCUCUGAAACUUGUGUGCAGUCUUUCCAUGGAGGACAGCAAUAAGGGAGACUGGGGCAGGUGGUUGUUUGAGAUAAAGACACUAAAUUCUCUCAGUGAUUGGGAGAGCUCACAAAUGGAGAAGAAAGAGAUUGUCGGAGCUGAUGUGCGCAAACACUGCUUAGUGUUUGAAACACAGCCAAUGGAUUCUCUGAAGGAUGACUCCAAUGCAAGACCUGGGUAUAUUGAAGAGAUCAUUGGGGGAAAUGUUAGAUCUGCAAGGCACUUUUUUGAAAGCAGCCCUCAAGCAGCCAGGAAGAAUUGCCCUGAGGUCGGAAAACUUAAAAAGACAGCAGUAAAUGAAGAAAUGAAAGGGGACGUGAGACACCAAAAGUGGCGCUUUGAAAGUCAACCUCUAGAGCACAUAAGAGAGGAGAAGAAAGAAGUCACUCGCACUGUGAAUGUUGAGGACGACCUCACACAGGAGGAUGGCACAAGCUGCAGGGCAGAUGUUCGCAAGAACUGCUGGGUAUUUGAGACCCAGCCAAUGGAUACUUUAAAAGAUGAUUCAAAUACUCAUCCCCUGACAAAAGAGGAAGUUAUUGCAGGUAAUGUGAAAUCAGCCAGGCAUUAUUUUGAAACGUUUCCAACUGAAGAACUGAAGGAGCUGCCAGAGGUGGGCAAACUGAAGAAAACUGUAGCACUUAAUGAGGAGAAAGGGGAUGUCAGACACCAGAAAUGGCGAUUUGAAAGUCAACCCCUGGAGCAUAUUAGAGAAGAAAAGAAAGAGGUUAUUCGAACAAUUGACCUGGAAGAAAUUGAUAAAGUGGACGUUUUGAACUACAAGCAAAUCUUUGAAAGCACAGAUUUAAACAGGAGAAAUGAAUCUCAAAAGAUUCUCAUAGAGGGUGUAACAUCAGGUUCUGUCAAAUCAAAUAAAAACUUGUUUGAGUCUACUCCGCUGUAUGCGAUGCAAGACAGCUCGGGGCACUUCCACGAGGUGAAAACUGUGCGCCGCGAGGAGGUUGUGAAAGGUGAUGUAACCACCUGCAAAUGGAUGUUUGAAACACGACCAAUCGAUCAGUUUGGCGAAAGCAUUGAUAAAUACCAGAUUAUUAAGGGCAUAUCCAAACAAGAAAUAGAGUCUGGUGAUGUUAAAACUGCAAAGUGGCUGUUUGAAACACAACCUCUUGAUGCUAUUAAGUACUUCAGCAAUAUUGAAGAUGAAGCAACUGUGGAAACAAUUACAAACGUUGAUGUCAUGAAGGGAGAUGUGAAAACCUGUAAGUGGCUGUUUGAGACAAAACCAAUGGACAUCCUGUAUGAAAGAGUGGAGGUGAAGGCUGAAAAUGAGUCUGAAGAAAUGCGUAAGGGAGAUGUCAAAACCUGCACGUGGCUCUUUGAGACACAAGCGCUUGAUACUAUUCAUGAUGAGACAGAGACAGUUCUGACAACAUGCACCACAAAGCAGGAAGACAUUAGAGGAAAAGAUGUAAGAAUGGCUUGUUUUCUCUUUGAGACAGAGAAACUGGAGAACCUCACUGGGGAAGAGACGGGCUCCUUUAAGCGUGUCACAGAGAUAGACAUUGCAUCUGGAGACGUGUCACGGAUGAAGUAUAUUUUUGAAAACCAAACAUCCGAUAUCAUGACUUCUACGUCUGAGGAAUUGAUGCAAAACCUCAAGAGGGUUCAGACUGAGGACAUACAAAGAGGAAAUGUCGUGAGUUGCAAAUGGCUCUUUGAAAACCAAUCUAUAGAUACCAUACAUGAUAGCCAGGAGGAAUCUAUGAGCAGCCGCACUGUGAACGACGUACAAGGAGGAGAUGUAGAUAAGGGACGUUUCAUCUUUGAGACCUUCUCCUUAGAUAAAAUCCAGGAGGCUUCCUCUGACACAGACACGGAGCUGAUGAAAAUGCAAAAGAUUGUCUGCGAUGAGGUUGAGAAGGGCGACGUGAGAAAUUAUACCAUGAUGUUUGAAACUCAACCGCUUUACGCCGUUCAGGACAAAGAGGGCCAUUACCACGAGGUCACCACUGUCACCAGCGAGGAGGUAACACAAGGGAAUGUUGUUGGAACCCGGUGGUUGUUUGAAACUAAGCCCCUAGAUGCUAUCAAGGACACAGAUGAGGUAUAUAUAAUCAAAUCUGUCACCCAGCAGGAUGUGCAAAAAGGAGACGUUAUGUCUGCCAAGUGGAAAUUUGAGACCCAGCCUCUUGAUAGGAUUGCUGAAGAAAAUAAGACUUUAAUUAAAACUGUGGAUGACAUUCAAGGAGGCAACGUUAGAAUGAAUAAGAAUUGGUUUGAGUCUGACGCCGCGUCACUAGGAUCUGUUAAAACUGUUAAUGUGAGUGAAAUACAAAAAGGGGACGUCAGAACUGCGAAGUGGAGAUUUGAAACCCAGUCCAUUGACAAAAUUAGGAGCAUGAGCUCCGAAAAUCUAAUAGAAACUGUUAAAAAGGAGGAGGUUACCAAGGGAGAUGUUAAAAAUUCAGUCUGGCUUUUUGAGAAAAAUCCUCUUGACCACAUUAAAGAGACAGAUGAGGACGAAGACACAACUGUCACUCAGGAGGAGAUUCCCAAAGCAGAUGUAAAAACAACAACAUGGCUCUUUGAAACGACACCAUUCGACGACUUUAACGAGACAAAAAUGGAAAGGACAGAAAUCCUGGGCAAGAGCAUCAAGGGAACUCUCGAGGAACUUUACUGUCAGAAAAUGGUGAAGUCUAAGGGAAUACUCAUUGAAGCUGAUGAAAUUGGCGAUGUUAGGAUGGCAAAAUAUCAACUAAUGAAUCAGGAGGCUCCGGAGAUUCAGCGCGAAGAAGUCAUCAGGGGAGAUCUGCAGACUAUUAUGAUGAACCUCCUGAAUAGGCAGGAAAGAAAGGAGCAGCAGAUAGUCAUAGAUUCAGAAGAGAAGGGUAAUAUCAGUUCAACAGUACAACAACUCUUCAGCCAAGACAGAGCCAGCAGUAUUGAAAGGGAGGAAAUAUUACGUGGUGACAUUCAAGAAGCUAUAAACAAGCUUUUCAAUGAGGAUGGAUCAGCAAAACAUGGUAUACUCAUCCAGGAGGAUGAGAAAGGGGAUGUCCAGAUGACAAUAUACUCCCUUAUGAAUCAACAAGACAAUGUUAAUGUUGAAAAGGAGGACAUAGUAAAAGGGAAUAUAAAGAGUGCUCUUCAAAGACUGUCCAGCCUGGACAAGUCAGACCAGGCAGUGAAGAUAAAGAUCGAUGACACUGAAAAGGGAAAUGUCAACUUUUACUCCACAUGCAUUGAAUCUGGGGCCCUUGAUUAUCUUAAGCAGCUCCAUUUAGGACCUGAUGAGACUCCACCUGACAGAGCAGAAAAAGAGAAGAUAGUUGGAGGUGACAUCAAAGGCACAAAACUCAUCCUUGGCCGUAACCAAACUCAAAUUGAGCGCACAGUCGAGGAUGUUAUACCUGGUGACGUUCACAACACAGUGAAAGUUUUCAUGGCAGAGCCAACUGUGUCGCUGGAAAGACUACAAAGGGAAGAGAUAGUUAAAGGCGAUUUAAGAGCUGCUUUAAAUUCGCUGUCUGAAUCAGUGAAUCAGACAGUCGUUGUGGAGAAAGAGGAGGUGGUGAAAGGCAACAUACCUAAAGCUCUGCGGUGUUUGGAGAGGGCUCAGAGGCAGUACAAGGAGGUGGAGAAGCCAGAUAUCAUACCAGGUAAUAUCAGAGGGGCUCUAAGAUCUCUGGAGAAAUCAGCAACGUCAAGAGUCGAAGCUGCUGUUGAUGAUUUAGUUCCUGGAGAUGUGAAGGCCACACUUAAAUCUCUGGAGCUGGCGAAGAAAGCAGUAAAGGACGUUGAAAAGGAAGAAAUUGUGAGGGGUGAUAUUCACACGGCAUUGCAAAGUCUACAGGAUGCCUCCAGUGAGAUAAAGAAGUGUCAGCAGGAAAUCGAUGUUCAGGGAGACGUCAGAGGGACAAUUCAGAUGUUAAUGGAGCAUCCACCUUCACCUAGGAUGCAGAGGAGCUCAAGCCUCGAGGGUGACGUAAAGGGUGAUGUCAAGAUGUCAAUUAAGUCAUUAUAUGAGAUGCAGGAGCAAAACCAGCUGGAGAAGGAAGAAGUGAUAAAGGGUGAUGUUAAAGGCACAAUUAAAUCACUGUUGGAAACCGCACAGCGUGAAACUCCCAAAGUCAGGCUUGGAGCAUACAGAAGAGUUCGAGUCAAGCAGAGCCCUCCAGUUAAAAAUCUAAAUGCUGACGCAGAGAGGAACAUACAAAAGAUAAAAACAGCAAAGCAAUCUGAAACAUCUAUUGAAAAUCACUCCACCUCUAAUGAAACUGAAAUUGUUAGAACAAAGUCAUGUACUGUGGAGCAGUCUGCCCAGCAAUCAACAACCAUGGUGGAGCACAAAACUAUUACCCAAAACCACGGCAUCAAAUCAGUGAAGACAGAGUUUCGGAAUCUUAAAUCUAACCCAAAGGGGAUGAUAAAAGUUGGUAAAACCAGAGUGAAAACUGAUGUUUACGUCUUAAAACCACAAACACCAGAACCUGAUCUGCCUCUCCCACCUCCACCAGCGAUAGACACUGACCUGCCUCCUCCUCCUCCUUCUCCUCCUGCCUCUGUUGAUACUGACAUUGAUCACCUUCCUCCUCCUCCUCCUCCACCACCACUCACCAGUGAGCAGGACUUCCUCCCACCUCCUCCAUCGCAGCAAGAGCUGGAGAGCAUGCCAGCACAGGCAGCUCAUCUUUCACCAGGAAAAGCAAAAAAGAUGACAGUCAAAAAAGUGAAAGCUCCCGUCUUACACCCAGUUCCAAAGCUGGAGCCUAAAGUUGAAUUCAGUCAAAAACAACAGGUGGAAGUGAGCCAAACCCAAUUAAACACCACAACACAUCCAUCAAAAACAGAAAUCCUUCCACCGCCACCGUCACCGCAGCCAUUAAAGAAAGUUUACAUCGCUCCUGUGAAAUUCACUCCCCCACCUUCUCCUCCUCCUUUCAUGAAAGCAAAAAUGAGCAAAUUUAACACACCACUAAUGAAAGCUGAAGAAAAGUACCGGAAGCUGAAGGAGGAAAACACACCUCCAACCACUCCAACUCCCACUUUCAUACAUGACUCAGUUACCGCUGCUCUUGAAAUGCUGUCCACCCAAGAUGCAGAAAUCACACAGGAGAGAGCUGAAAAGACAGCAGUGAGUGUUUAUUCAGAUGCUUUGUCAUGUGAUUUAUCUAAGCAGGUUGGUGUCUCAAAUACCACCCAAAGCAAAGCCAGCACUCAUCAGGAGAAAAUCCUCACAGAUUCCACAAUUGUAUCAUCUGCAAACCAGAAAAUUGUCUCUAAUGAGACCUCUAAGGUUAUCUCCAUUCAAAAGGCCUCAUCUGUCUCAGCUGUUAGACAGCAGAUGCAUUCAACUACACAGAAAUCCAUUUCUGUUUCCUCCAAACAGUCUGUUCAGUCUGUCAUGACUGACAAAGUCCAAACAUCAAUCACGGAUGUUACAAAAACAGACACUAUAACUGCUGAUACAAAGAAAAAUCAAAAAACAAAAGGCUUCAACAAAUCUGAAGAUAAAAAAGAAGACAAAAUCCCUGCUGAAAAAAUAAGACCUGACACUGAAUUAAUGCAGUUGUCUAAUAACCUCUGUGAUCUAUCUUCCCAAAAAGAACACGCUACCGCAGAGAGACAUGUAAAGGAGAACAAAUCAUCACACAGUGAGAAGAAAACUGAUCAUUCGCCUACCAAGAGCCAAGAAAAUGUCUCCAAUCAGCCAAUGCAAACAGACAAGGCAGCUGCCAGUACAAAUGGAAAGGCAAGCAAAUCAAACCAAAAAGUGAAAAAGAACAAUAAACAAGAAAAGCAAGCAGAGAUAAAGGCUUCCAGUGAGAGCGAGAAACCCAGUGGUUCACAAGAUUCAAAAGUAGAAGUGAAGGAAGCUGCUGUGGUGAAAGUGAUCAAUGAAGCCAAAGAAGUAAAGACAGAGUUAAAGCAGGGGAUUAAGAAAGCUGCUCCCUCUUCACCUGCUGUUACUGAGAGCAACGCUGACAGCCAACCAGAAACUCCAGCUCCAACAAAGAAGAAAAAGAAGUCCAAAAAGUCCAAAAAUGGUGCACAGUCAGCUCCAAAUAAAGAUAUUCUCACAGAAUCUAUUGAAACUAAGAUAGCGAUAUCUGAAAAAAGACGCCAAACUCAUGAAACAAUUGCAGUCACCCAAAUUCACACAAGUAUGAAAGAAGAACACAUUCAAGUCAAGAGUGAAGUGAUUACCACAGAAAGCAAAGACGAUGCGAAUUCCCAGCAACAAAAAGCAGUUCAAAAGCAUGCAAAGGAUUCUCAAAAGAAAGGAGUGACAGUUACUCAGCAGAGUGCAAAGAAGGCACCAGAAGAAAGUAAGGAUGUCCCAAUUACAGUGACAGGCGAGUCAAAACAAAAUGAACUGGCAAAGUCCACAACUGGGAGAGCAGAGGAAUCUCAAAGGCAAGAGGUCCAAGUGUUAAUCUCUGACAUCACAGAGAUACAAAGGGCCUCAGAUUCUAAAUCUGUGAGGAGUCUGUUCAGUAAAGUUCCAGAGUGGCUCAUGACUACAGAAAGAAAAUGUGAACUGCAAAAGUCUCUAUCAGAGAGUGAUACUCAAAAAAAUAGAGAAAUUCUUUUACAUUUAAGGAAGCUGGCAGAGGCUAAACUAAUGCAUCUAGAAGAUGGAACAAUGGAGAAGCAUGAAGUUUCUGAGAAGGCGGUCUCUGGUGCUACAAGGAUAUCCAAGAUCAGCAUUGGUUCUGCCAAAAUUGAGAACCAAACAAAGAAAAUGAGCGGAAAUGAAAGACGGAGAGAAGAAGUGGGUCAGUGCAAGUCAAUCGACCUUCGAGCUCCCUCACCUUUACUCAGAAUGAGAUCUCCCUCCCCAACGUUCAUCACCAUCGAGUCCACACGAAGAACCGACUCACCCCAGAGAGUAACUCCGUCACCCACGCUGCUGCACAGACCGCCCACACCUCCCACCCCACCGCCACGCAGGUGUGACACCCCGACAUCACGCCUCACUAGAAUCACACCUUCUCCAACUUUUGACAGAGCAGAAAAUUUGGCUCGACUCAAAGACACAACAGCCAAGCUCUCACGUGGCGUCACCCCACCGCCACUACUUCCCAAUCAGAUCCUAGAGAAGAAAUCGGAGAUUGUGGAAUCACCUCCAUCAUUCCAUCGGCAAAUCAAAGUUGAGUCCCAGGCUGGGGAGGCCUCAGGAGCAUUGAUUGCAACUGAAAAGCACAAAAGGAGCUUAUCUGAGGAGGCUGAGGGUUUGAAUGCAAAUGAAACACAACGUAAGUCUGAGACCCAGAUGUCAUCAGGUCCGAAUGACCCAGAUCUUGGAGAAGAUUCGGAUGCUUCAGAGCGAUUAUCUGCAUCUGUCAAAGAAAAGAGAGAAUUUUUCGAGGAGGCUCGAAAAGCUGAAAUUAAUAAGAUCUACGUGCGAAAAGAGCCCAUUGCUAUCCCCGAACGACUGGGUCCUGACAUGGAGGAGUGUGAGCAAGAAAAUAAGAACAAAGAAAAGGAUGAGGUUCCCAGGGCGGACAUGUCUAGUCUUGUAAACAAAUUUGAAUCACCAGAAGAGAAACUAUAUAUCAGAAAAGAGCUUAUCCCACUCACGGAGCGCCUUCACAAUGACACUGAAAGCACAGAUUGUGACAAAGAGAAAGCAAACAUCCUGGAAGAGGAGAUGCCAACUUUUGACAUCCAGGCUAUUAAAAAUGUUUUUGAACUGGGUGAGCAAAGUUCCUUAUUCAGAGAAGAGAAAAAGGAUCAGGAGGAGCUUGUGUCAUGCCUGAGUGAAACAACAGCAGACACUUCAAAGCGGGAAAGUCCUCAAGAGACAAAGGGAGGCUCAAGGCAGAGCACCCCCCUCCCUCUGCAGAAAACUGAGGUGGAAACUGUGCCAGCCAAACCAUCAGCUUUCUCUGAAACCAAAUCAAUCACAGAGCAUUUCUCAGAUGUUGAUGAAUUUGGUAACAAGGUCACCGGAACAAUGACGGCUAUCACUGAGCACUCUCAGAGUGUGUCAACCCAUCCGGCUCCUUUCUCCUAUGCUGACGCAGUUAAAAGAAAAGCUGCGGCAGUGAGGAGAACAGAGACGUAUGAUGAAGACGCUACAGAAAACUUGCUGAGGAACUUCCAUAAAACGUGGACAGAGAGCGAGACGGUUUUCAAAAGUCUUGGCUACACUGUUUCUGAGGAAUCAACAUCACAAAUGGUGUCACGUCAGACCAAGAUUGUCUCAUCUGGUUCGAGUUCCGAAGUCGGAGCUCUGCACAGUAUGUCGGAGGAGAGCUUAUCCGAUGGAUGCUCUGAUAGUGGACAAAAAAAAGUACCAUAAAUCCUGUUUCUGCUGUGAGCACUGCAGAAACAAAUUAAGCCUUGGAAAUUAUGUCUCUCUCCAUGGACAUUUCUACUGCUUACACCAUUACAAACAACUCCUCAAGUCCAAAGGGAACUACGAUAAUGGACUCGGGCAGAAACCUCCCACGGGAAGUGGUGGACCUAUCCCCUCAGAUGAGAAACUUGAAUGGAGAUAUUCCAUGAGCAGCAUAAGUUCAGUAGACAAAACAUUUGAUGAAAGCAAACCACACAGCAACAAAAUCUCUGUAGUUUGGCCCCCGCAGGCCGAUCCCCCCAAGAAAGCCUUUAAAAUAGAGGAAGAUAUUCAGCUAACUAAACCACAGUGGCCCCCUCCAGACAGUUCCCCUAAGUCCCCCAUACACCAACACAGAAAGGCUGUUCCCAGAAGUGUCCUUUGAAAUAAAGUCACUCAAGCACAGAGUUUAGUCAAAUACAUCCAAAGGAGAAGCACAAAAGACUGAAUGGUACAAUAAGAUGCUGGCAAAGAACUGUCCUGAAGGUACAGCUAAGGAUGAUUGAAGGUCAUGCAGUUAAGUUAUAGAAAAAGGGAACAUGACAAGUAAGAAUAUGAAAAGGAAACUGUGUACAUACUUGUAAAUGUUGUGGAAAAGCAGGUUGAGAUAGGGAGUGCUAGAGAGAUGGAUGCAGAGCAAGUGUAGAAAGUGGACGUAGAUGUGUGGCAAUGUCCCUCCAACCGACAGGUUUAUCCCCUCUGUAAAUUUUCAUCCAUUGCAGUUUACUUUAAUUUUUUUUUUUUUUUCUAAUGGUCAGACAUCACACUCAUGUACCAUUCAGUAUUCGAAACAACAAGGUCAAAUCAAAAUUUAUAUCUUCUCUAACAAGUGUCAUUUGUCUUAUAAAGCUAAUUCAGAAGCAUUGGUUUAACAUUUAUAAACAUGGCACUAUGGCAGGGCAAAUUCAUCAUCUGGAUUAAAAUAACACAACUACUGCAAAUAAGCUACAUUUUCCCGUUCACUUAAGUCAUAGGUUUGGUUACUUUAAUCAGUUGGAUGUCUAAACCUUACAAUUCCCACUGCUAAUGAACAUCACACAGUAACAGUAUCCAUGAAUGCUAUUAUAAAUUGCAUUUUUCCUUAACUGUAAAAUUAAUUGGUCCAUUAAAGUUCCUCCAUUUUUUCACUCCAGCAUGCCAGUUCAAUGACACAGUCUCAGUCCAUGGACUCCGCUUUUGUAUUAUUUUGACGGGGCUUUUACCCUGCAUCAUAUCAACACUGCAGCAUUUGCCUUUUUCUUAGCACCUGGUGUGCAGACUACUAAAAGCAUCUUGGAAUUAUUUUAUUUAUAAUAUUGAAAGUAUAUAAUAUAAACAAGUGAAUUGGUGAUAAUCAUGUUUGUUUUGGACAUUUGUAUCCUAUUUUGAAACAACAAAUAUUUUGCAAUGAAGAAUUUUAUUUUUUAGAUUAGAUGGUUAUACCUUGCUUUGUACAAGAAGAUUCCUGAUGAUGUCAUGCUGUCAGGCUGGUUCACUUAUUAUAUUGCUGAUCUAAGGGCAAUAAAAUGUUGAAUUUCA